AUGGCACCCCUCUCGGAAGGAGAAGAGAAUUAUGUACGAUUAGCUUUGUUAUUGAAAGGAGUGGCACCUAGAGCAGUCCGUAUUUAUUUUGACAGAACAUUUCCACCUACGUACUUACCUUCAACGCUCAAUACUUACUACGAUACUCUUGAUACCUUGAAAUUCAGGAGAGUUUUAAACCAGACUCAGUGGAAUCUUUUGUUUCCAACAAAUGGUGUACCUGAUUCAACAACUUUUGAUGUCACAUUGAUGAUUUGCAUGAUUAGAAACUUGGCAUCUAUUAUUCAGCCAAUCGAUGGAUUCGACAGACUUCCACUACCAGUAGAGACAACUCCAGGAGCUGAUCUGGCAAGGAUUAAAUGGUACAGAAAUAUAUUAGCUCAUCAUGAAAGUAACAAAAUGGCCACUGCUGAUUUCAAUACAGCAUGGAGUAAUAUAUCUGAUGCUGUAAGUAGAUUGGGUGGUCAGCCAAUGAAGCAAGAGUGCCAAGAAUUAAAGGUGAAAAUAUUAGAUCAGUCAAAUCAGGAAAUUAUGCUGGAAGUCAAACAAUCACAGAAAGAGAUCGAAGAACUAAGACGUGCUGUGAAUAACCCAAUUCCAUUGAACAUCAGAGGUCAAAUUAAAGAGGAAUUGGAAAUUUGGGCAGAAGAUGAUAAAAUGUUUAUAGAAACAAAUGGAGCAAAGAGUGUAUUAAAACGUAUAAAAGAAAAUGGUUGCGUUGUUGUUACUGGCAGUUCGGGAACAGGAAAAUCUUCGUUGGUGCGUCAUGUUGCCCUUCGAAUGCAAGAAAGUUAUGAGAUCAUACCGAUAACAAAUCCUGAAGAUAUUAUUCAUUGGUACAAUCCAAGUAAACAAAUCAUGUUUGUUGUUGAUGACUUUUGUGGGACAUAUACCAUAAAUCCUAUGAAAUUUGAAAGCUGGAAAAAUCAGAUGGAAAAAAUCAAAUCAUUAGUAGAAAAGAAACUGUUUAAAUUAAUGAUGUCUUGUAGACUACAGGUUUACAAAGAUGCAAAAAUGAAAUCUUUGUCAUUUUAUCAAUCCUGUGAAUGUAAUCUUUUGUCUGAGGAUCUACGUUUAUCAAAAACAGAAAAACAAUAUAUUGCUAAACUUUACUUGAAGACAAAUGCUUCUAAAAUCACGGAAUUAAAUCACAUGUUUGACUGUUUUCCUCUUUUAUGCAAAUUAUACAGCAAAAACACAAAACUGAAAAUGUUAGAGUUCUUUAAAAAUCCAUUUUCAGUUUACAAAGAAGAGAUAGAUAAAUUACAGCUAGAAGGAGCACAUGUCAAAUACUGUGCACUUGCUCUGUGUGUCAUGUUUAACAAUCAUAUUAAAGAAGAAUGGCUCACAGAAGAUGUCGAUGAAGAUAUCAAAACAAUUAUAAAGAACACAUAUGAAGCUUGUAAAGUGGUGAAAGGAACAUCUCGAUUGGUACUUCGUGAUGAGCUGGAUUCACUAACUCAAACGUUUAUCAGAAAGGAUGGUGACGUGUACAGAACUAUUCAUGACAAGCUGUUUGACUUUCUUGCUUAUUACUUUGGCAGUGUUAUGAUAUAUUGUUUAAUUAAACAUGCUUCAUAUAUUUUAAUUCGUGAAAGGUUUUUAUUUGAAAAGGAAAGCAGUAGUGAUGAAUUCAUAAUAACUGUACCGGAAAGAUAUCAGCAAAUGUAUAUACAUAGACUGGUAGAUGACUGGUUUAAAGGAAGGGUAGCAGAUGUCUUCUGUAAUAUCAAUAUGGACAAUCCUAUCUUCACACAAAGGUUUCUUGUACAUGUAAAAGGUUUACAAAUAUCGGAACAAAAACAAUUGGCUAGUAUAUGUGACACAAAAAGCAAUAGCACUUCAUUAAUACAGUGCUCUCAUAUAGGAUAUAUUGAUCUGGUUACAUGGUGUUUACAUCAUUGUAUCGGUAAUGUAAACCAUUGUCGUAAUGAUGGAGUAUCACCUCUGUGGUUGGCUUGUCAGGAAGGACAUACUGAAGUAGUACAGAUGUUAAUAACCAAUAAUGCUGACAUUAAUACGUGUAGAGAUACUGGAGCAUCACCUCUGUUCAUUGCUUGUGAGAAAGGACAUACUGAAUUACUACAGAUGUUAAUAACCAAUAAUGCUGACAUUAAAAAGUGUGCAGAUACUGGAGCAUCACCUCUAUUCAUGGCUUGCCAGAACGGUCAUAAUGAAAUAGUAAAGAUGUUAAUAACGAUUAAUGCUGACACUAAUAAGUGUAGAGAUAAUGAUGAAAUAUCACCUCUGUUCAUAGCUUGCCAACAAGGGCAUAAUGAAAUAGUAAAGAUGUUAACAACGAAUAAUGCUGACAUUAAUAAGUGUAGAGAUACUGGAGCAUCACCUCUGUUCAUUGCUUGUCAGGAAGGACAUGCUGAAGUACUACACACAUUAAUAACCAAUAAAGCUGACAUUAAUAAGUGUACGACUACAGGAGAGUCUCCUGUAUUUAUAGCUUGUUUUUUCGGUCAUACAAAGAUUGUUGAAUUGUUAUUAAGGAAUGAUGCAGACGUUAACCUUAAAUGUGGAGCACUAACACCCCUAGAUAUUGCAAGAAUAUUAAAUCAUUCCAAUGUUGUACAUGUUUUACAAAAUCAAAAUAAUAUGCUGUAA